UAUCCUCUUUUUCCAGCUUGUCAUAUAUACACACACACACACAUCCAAUGACCGGUCAAUACAUAUAUACCCAGUCUUGGUUUUCUCCUCCAAACUUGUUCCCUCUAUUCCCUUCUCUCACCAACUAUAUCUUCGAGGCUUCAAUUCUGCAAAUAAUAAACAUCUCCACCAACUCUCUCUAAAAGAUAGAGAUGAGCAAUGGAAUAGUAGAGAGGGCUCUCAGCUGCCUCGGAAAAGGAUUCGACUUAACUUCCGAUUUCCGGCUCAAGUACUGCAAAGGCGAUGACCGGCUAGUCCUGCUCAACGAAACCAAGAAGAAGACCCUGCUCGUGCCUGGCUUCGGACCCAUCAAUGAUGUCCCGAUCGACAUAAGAUGCGACAAGGGUGAUAGAUGCCGCUACCAAUCAGACAUUCUCGAAUUCAACAAGAUGUCUGAGUUUUUCAACCAAAAAUCAUCGGUGCCCGGGAAGGUCCCAUCGGGACUGUUCAAUGCGAUGUUUGGCUUUCCGAGCAACUCGUGGGCCACUGAUGCGGCUAACACCAAAUACUUGGGACUCGACGGCUAUUUCAUUGGAUUGUUCAAUCUCCACAUUGACCGGUACCCACUCGUCCUCUCUGAUGAAGUCCGGAACGCGGUUCCUUCUUCUUGGGAUCCCUCAGCUCUUGCAAGAUUCAUCGAGAAGUAUGGAACUCACGUAAUAGUGGGAAUGACCGUAGGAGGUCAUGACAUCGUAUUAGUGAGGCAAGACAAGUCAUCGAACAUGGCCCCCACAGAGCUGAAGGAACACCUUGACGAACUUGGAGAUCAACUCUUUAACGGGGCCUGCACCUUCUCCCCGCUCCACUGCAAGUCCAAGGAAUCCAAACUCAAGACACCACGGGCAUUCAACGUUUUCGAUUCACAGCCACUCGCGUUCCGUGACAUCUCGACAAGCGGCCCUAAAGAUGGAAUUACAGUGAAGUGCUCGAAGAGAGGAGGCGAUUUAUCGUGUACAAGCCACUGCGAGUGGCUUCUAACAGUUCCGUCCAAGCCUGAUGCGAUUCACUUCAGCUUCAUCCCAAUCACCUCUCUGCUCAAAGGCGCCCCCGGCAACGGUUUCCUGUCCCAUGCCAUCAACCUCUAUCUCCGAUACAAGCCACCAAUAGAAGAAUUGCAAUACUUUCUUGACUUCCAAACGCACAAGCUGUGGGCCCCUGUCCACAAUGACCUUCCCUUGGGUCCCACUACCAAUAGGGCAGCCAAAUUGCCUUCUCUCAGUGUCACCCUAAUGGGCCCUAACCUCUACGUAAACACUUCUAUGGUUGUAGUAGGAAGUACGCCUGUGACGGGGAUGAGGUUAUACCUCGAGGGCAUGAAAUGCAACAGGUUAGGAAUUCAUCUCCAGCAUUUGUGGAACCCGCCAACAAUGCUAGACGACAAGGUCGAUCCCACGCCAAUAUGGCAAGGAUCAGAGGAGGUAUCGAGCAGUCAAUACUUGGAAGGCAUACAAGGGAAGAAGUUCUCACACAUCUGCACUGCCCCAGUCGAGUUCGAGCCCAGAGGCCCAUCGUACGCAAAGGACUCUGCCUACAUCGUCACGGGCGCUCAACUUCACGUGAAGAAGCACGACUCGAAGAAUGUCCUUCACCUCCGGCUCCGGUUCUCCAGGGUGUCCAGCUCCUCCUUGGUACAGUCUAGCUGGGACAGGGGAGCCGCAGAGAUGUCCCAAAAGUCGGGAUUGCUCUCGGCAAUAGGCACCUCGCUGACGGGAAAUUACAACCCGGAGAAGAACAAGAAGAAAGAGGCUUUGAUUAAUAUGGAUUCCAGUGUUUUCCCCACUGGACCGCCCAUGCCCGUACAGACCCAGAAGCUCCUCAAGUAUGUGGAUACGUCGCAACGUUGUCGUGGCCCGCAAGAUAGUCCCGGGCACUGGUUGGUCACUGGAGCUAAGCUGGACUUAGAGAAGGGGAAGAUAUGUGUACAUGUUAAGUUCUCUUUGUUGAAUAUGUGCUCUUGAGGACUAUAGGCAUUAAGCAACAAAAAAGGAAAAAAAAAAAAAAAAGACCAUCGUUUGCGCAACAUUACAAAUAUAAAUUUUUUUGUGUCAAUUAAACUCUUUUUUUUUGUUUUGUUUUGGCUGAAUUGUACCGAUUUCGGUACAAUUCAUAAUUUGGAAAAAGGUUGUAAUGAGAGCAUCAGCAAUGGCGAGGCCCAAAUCCCACUUACCUGAGACCCAGUAAUUUGUCAUAUAAGAUGAAAUUGGGACAUUCCGCAAA